CUCGUUUUUUUAAUGAAGAAAUACUUGAUACUUGAAAUCUUUGGAAUGAGGUCGCACGUUGAGUAUUUACACGUCAUGUCCUCGCGUUGCUUCGCUCUUCCGGUAGGUAGAGAGCUGUCCGUAGUGCUGAAACAGUUAUUAGCACGCGCACAACAUUGUUUACAAACAUCGGAUCUGAUCAGCUCAGCUCAUCAAAUCUAUGGACAGAACGUUUGUUUUUCCCGAGCUAGUGCUAGUCAAAUACUUUAUUAUAAUCAGUAAGCGAACUAAUAGUCUGCUUUGUGAUUCACUCUAUAUAUGAUACUAAACAAGGCACGGAAGCAAUGCUACUGAACUGCUUUGGGACAAAUAAUAAUUUACAUGUAGACACCUCCUCCGUGCGUUUACAGACAGUUGAGAUAUAAUAAGGUAGACUGCAUGCAAAUGUUUUUCUUAACCCUCUCCCUCUGUCAAUCAUCCAUCUCUUUCCCUGACUCCUAAACUAAACCAGCUCCACAGUAAGGAUCGAUAGACAGACUACUAGGCUAUAGAGCUUUUGCACAGGCCCCAUAUGGAAAAUAAUCAUGAAAAUCAAAUAAGAAUAUUGUAAAGCAGAAGAACAUUAUUUGUACAAACAUCUAAGAAGUAAUCUAACAAGGAUCUGGUAAAAUACUCUGGAGUGAUCAUGGAUCCACGGUCUGAGGGAUCCGACCCCCGGUCCGAGGGAACUGACUACGUUCCCAACAGUAUUCCCUAUGUUCCGGAGCACAGGUCUGAGCUGUGUGUGUCAGAGGCUCACAGCCAGCAGCUACUGGGCAUGCUCAGAUCGUUCAGAGAGCGAGGCCUACUGUUUGACUUCACUAUAACAGUCCAGGACCAGACCUUCCCCUGUCACCGCUGUGUCCUGGCAGCCUGCAGCGACUUCUUCAGGGCCAUGUUUGAGUUGGACAUGCGUGAGUGUGGUGAUAGGAUGGUAACCCUGGGUAACCAGUCCCCAGAAGCCGUGCGCUGCUUCCUGGACUUCUGUUACUCUGGAGAGAUGGUCGUCACCCACGAAAACGUAGACAUGCUGUUCCAGCUCGCCUCUUUCCUACAGGUGUCUGUGCUCUUCAGAGCAUGCAGUGACUUCCUGAUAGGAACCCUGGAGCUCUCCAACUGCCUGAUGCUAUUGGCCCUCGCCGAGGGAUAUGGCUCCGCUUCCCUCCUCCAGCAGGCCAAUGAGUUUGUAGUUCAGAACUUCCACGACCUCUCAAUGACUACAGACUUCCUGGAUAUGCCGUUGGGCGUGCUCGAGUUAUGUCUGGGUUCGGACAGUCUGAGCGUGCCCAGUGAGGAGGUGGCGGUGAGGUCAUCCCUGAGGUGGACAAGUCACGACCUCCAGACCAGACAGAGGCUGUUGCCACGGCUCCUAGCACUGCUACGGCUACAUCACGUACCCACACACACCCUGCAGGCCCUGGCCCGGACUGAGAAUCUCCUCUCAGGGGACCAACUCUGUGUUAGUCUGGUCAGUGAUGCAGUGAGUAGACAGACACAGCUCAGUGGUCUACUGCCAGACGCCAGACCAGCCACCACACAGUCUUACAUCUACAUCCACAAGACAGAGGAGAACGGAGAUAUACACCACAGCUUCUGUUACUGCCUGGACACAGACCAAUGGAGAGAGCUACCUCAGGGCCAGGGGGCGGGUUUUAGUAUGACCCCUGACCCCUCAGGCUCUUCCCUCACCAGCUACGCCGAGAAGUUGUUUGUGACAGGUGGUUGUCGGGGCAACUGUUGUCGCACGGUGCGUCUUCACGUGGCAGAGCCGUUCCAUGAGGCGACAGCGGAGGUUUGGUGCUACUGCCCAGUCACACACACCUGCACCCCUGCCCCGGACAUGGGGAAACCCCGUACCAUGCACACAGCCAUCACCACCCUGGACAGACUGUAUGUGCUAGGAGGGAGGACCAGAGGAGAAAGGGAGGGGACUCCUAGCCUAAUGGAGGUGGAGUACUACGACCCCCUGGCCAAAACCUGGACCUCCGUCAGCCCUCUGCCCACUGCUAUCUACUACCCAGAAGCCAGUGCGUGCGGCAGCAUCAUCUACACAUUGGGUUCGUCAGUGGAGAUAUCGGACUCCUUCAACCCUUCGCUGGACUGUUUCCUGCGCUACGAUGCUGUUUCUGACCAGUGGAGCCACCUGGUGGCAGAGUUUGGUCAGUUUUUCCACGCCACCCUGGUCAAGGCUGUGUCCGUCAACAACAUUUUACACCUCUGUGACUUGUCUACGUAUAAGGUGUACAGUUUCUGUCCAGAGACGUGUGUGUGGCAAGGGGAGGGGUCGUUCGAGUGUGCCGGGUUCAACGCAGGCUCCGUGGGCGUGGCCAACCGAAUCUACAUCCUGGGAGGAGACUACUCACCUGAUGAGAUCACUGACGAAGUCCAAGUGUACCACAGUGGGCGGGGCCAGUGGGAGGAAGUGACACCAAUGCCACGCCCCCUGACAGAGUUUCACUGUCAGGUCAUCAGCUUCAACAGAUACAGAGACCCCUGGGGAGGAAGGGACAUGUAACACACACACACACACUACCUAGGGACUAAAAGCUGCACUCCGCAUCAAUGAAAUAAAUUAUGUUUUGUCAUACUUCAAGUAUUUAUUAGUUUUAUUACAUUUUAUGUUAUAUAUUUAUUUAUAAACUGGGUGGUCGAGCCCUGAAUGCUGAUUGUCUGACAGCCAUGGUAUAUCAGACCGUAUACCAUGGGUAUGACAAAACAUGUAUUUUUUACUGCUCUAAUUACAUUGGUAACCAGUUUAUAAUAGCAAUAAGGCACCUCAGGGGUUUGUGGUAUAUGGCCAAUAUACCAUGGCUAAGGGCUGUAUCUCCACGUUGCGUCGUGCCUAAGAACAGCCCUUAGCCAUUGUAUAUUGGCCAUAUACCACAACCCCUCGUGCCUUAUCAAAUCAAAUGAAAUGUUAUUGGUUACAUACACAUAUUUAGCAGAUGUUAUUGUGGGUGUAGCGAAAUACUUGUGUUCCUAGCUCCAACAGUGCAGUAUUAUCUAACAAUUCACAACAAUACAUACAAGUCUAAAAGUAAAAGAAUGGAAUUAAGAAAUAUAUAAUUUGGACAAGCAAUGUCUUUGUGGCAUUGACUAAAAUACAGUAGAAUAGAAUACAGUAUAUACAUAUGAAAUGAGUAAAGCAGUAUGUAAACAUUAUUAAACCAGCGUAGCCUAGUGGUUAGAGUGUUGGACUAGUAGCCGCAAGGUUGUGAGUUCAAACCCCCGAGCUGACAAGGUACAAAUCUGUCAUUGAACAGGCAGUUAACCCACUGUUCCCAGGCUGUCAUUGAAAAUAAGAAUAUGUUCUUAACUGACUUGCCUGGUUAAAUAAAGGUAAUAUUCAAAAAUUAAAUUAAAGUGACUAGUGUUAAAUUAUUAAAGUGACCAGUGAUUCCAUGUCUAUGUAUAAUAGGGCAGCAGCCUCUGAGGUGCAGGGUUGAGUAACUGUGUGUUAGAUGGCUAGUGAUGGCUAUUUAACAGUCUGAUGGCCUUGAGAUAGAAGCUGUUUUUCAG